CUCGUCUGCAAAGACAACAAUGUGGACUACCUUUGGCUUGUUGGGGUGACCACCUCGGGGAGAGGCUGUGCCAGAGCCAAACUUCCCUUAGUCUACACCUCCACCCAGCACUUCUACGACUGGAUCCUGCUCCAGAUGGGACUGCGCCCAGCACCUUUGGCUACUACAACACUAGAACCAGUCUUCACAUCAACCCCCUAUCAGAGGCCAAGGCCAUGGCCAAUACCUGCCCAAUCGGGCAGGUUUACACCGUGUCCAUUUCCAUGGCAGAAGCUGGUGCAAUUCUGUAGUCUGCUGCGGGAGUUCCUGCAGGUCCUAAGGGGCAAGAAGGCUUGA